UGCUUCACGAGCGGACAUUAGAGAAACAGCAGUAGGAGGGAGAUUUCGGAGUCGCGUCGACAUCCAGGGGUGUAGCCGCGGUACCGUGCCUGUAGUGCGUGCGAGGGAGGUGGAGGAGGACGGGCAGUCAGGAGGAUGCUGGAGGGCAAUGCCUGCAGAAAGAGAGUAUGAGAUUUGUCGAAAGGCGCUCGAGCUGCUCUCCGACCUGUGCUCCAAAGGCGAGGUGCAGGAUGACGACUGUUUGGAUUUCACCUACUACUUCAGGGAUCUGGCCAGACCUCGUUACACGGACUCUGAUGUAUCAGUGAGCCUGUUGUCCCUGCUGGUGACCACCUGUGGUCUGGCUUUAUUCAGCGUCUCCCUAUUUGUAUCAUGGAAGCUGUGCUGGGUACCUCUGAGUGGCCGAUUUCUCCCAGAUGUCCUCAAGGGGGUACAUUUUCUGGGAGGGGACCAACAGCCUGUAUUAAUAGAGGUGGAUGGGGAUGAUAGGGAGUACAGUGAGGAUGGCUGUAUGAAGGAGCCAUCAGGCCUCCCCAUGGCUGUAUCUGUCCCAGAGUCAGGUCUGAAGAUCAGCCACACGUCACCUGACAUCCCUCUGGAGACCCAGGCCAAAGUAGACCAUAUACAAGCCCACACCCUGGCCAGGGACAGGGUGCAAAGACAAAUCACUGAACCCACGUCGUCAGUACGUCACAACUCCAUCCGUCGUCAGAUGAACCUGUCCAAUCCAGACUUUAAUCCGACUCAGUUCCAGCGCCAGGAUAGUCUGACUGGUUUAGGACAGAUCAAACCUGAGCUUUACAAGCAGCGCUCUGUGGACACGGAUGAUGGACGUAGGACAGACAACUGUGGACGUCUCAAUAUCAUCCUUAAGUUUGACUUUGAUCUGGAGCAGCUGAUAGUUAAGAUUCAUAAGGCUCAAGAUCUUCCUGCCAAGGACUUCUCUGGGACCUCGGAUCCUUAUGUCAAGAUAUACCUGCUGCCUGACCGUAAAACCAAGCACCAGACUAAGGUGCACCGCAAGACUCUCAACCCAAUAUUUGAUGAGGUGUUUCUCUUUCCAGUGGCAUACACCGAGCUGUCGAACAGAAAGCUGCACUUCAGUGUCUAUGACUUUGAUAGGUUCACUCGCCAUGAUUUGAUUGGUCAAGUGGUGGUGGACAACUUCCUGGAUCUUGCCGACUUCCCAAGAGAAACUAAAUUGUGUCGGGACAUCCAAUAUGUCACUUCGGAUAACGUGGACCUGGGAGAGCUGAUGUUCUCAUUGUGCUAUCUUCCCACGGCUGGCAGGCUCACCAUCACCAUGAUCAAAGCCAGAAAUCUCAAAGCCAUGGACAUCACAGGUGCUUCAGAUCCAUAUGUAAAGGUGUCGCUGAUGUGUGAGGGCCGUAGGCUAAAGAAGAGGAAGACAUCAACCAAGCGCAACACUCUAAACCCAGUUUACAAUGAAGCCAUCGUCUUUGAUGUCCCCCCAGAAAACAUCAACCAAAUAAGUCUACUUAUAGCCGUCAUGGACUAUGAUCUGGUUGGACAUAACGAAAUCAUCGGCGUGUGCAGGGUGGGUAAUGAGGCUGACACUCUGGGACGAGAUCACUGGAGUGAGAUGUUGACAUAUCCACGCAAGCCUGUCGCACAUUGGCACCCGCUAAUAGAGUGGGUUGGACAGGGAGCAGCAGGCAAUGGAAGUCAAGGCGGAUCCAUCAAUUCUCUGAAGGCACCACCCUCACCAUGAACACACACACACAAACAAAUACACGCACAUGCACACAUGUACCCAAAGACUCAGGUUGGUAGAAUAAUGAAGAAUGGACCUGUAAAAGUACCCCGAAGGCUUAUCCCUACUUUUUUCUUACUUCUAAAAAAAACCAAAAAAAAACAACAUUAACAUUCCAACUGAACUGCUACGGUAUAUAGUGUCAUUAUUUUAGCUGUUCCUAACAGUAUUAAUAUUUUGAAAAUAACUUUUGUGGAAGAUGCAACUUUAGUUGUGAUUGAUGAGCUAGCAUAUAUUUUCUCAACCGUAAGGCUUAUAAAGUGAAGGUUGGUUCAACAGAAAUGUCAGCGAUUCCAAGUGAAAAUAUUAGUUUUUCCAUUCAGCUUUCUCAUAUGGUUCUUCUUUUAUCUAAAUAUAAAUUAAUGUAUUUGCUUCAAGAAUAUGUCAAGAGGCUAACAAAGAAUAUAACUUUUUUUUUUUCCUAACAAUUUAAGUAGCAUUUUUCCCAGUGUGUGGUCCCAAAACAGAAAAUAGAAGCAUAGUAGAGAAAUAUUGAUUUGGUGUGUUUUCAGAGAAGUGAUCCCUUUUCUUGCAAUUAUUGCUAUUUGUUAUGAUCAAACAGUGUAUCUAUGUACAGUUUUUAUGUAGUAUAUUUUGCUUGGGAGCAGUUUAAUAAACCAUCUUAAUUUAGGAUAUAACCCCAUAUACAGUAAAUAAAAAAAUAAAAAAUAUUACCACAAUGAUUGGUUAAUUCACAUAUUAUCCUGCGAUGUCUUUGCAACAUACUGUAGACAUAAUUGAAUUUGGGUUUGGAGAGACCCUUGGAUCAGACCUUAGAUUAAUAAUAAUAAUAAUAACUCAUAAUAAAACAGUGCAAGAAUUGUUGACAAUGCUGUUUUUCUUUAAAGUGAGGCCACACCUUGUUGUAUUUUUAAGUCUGUUUUAUAUUUAGUUUUUGAAAAGUGUUUUGGACACGGUCACAAGUAGCAGUGAUGAUUUGUAUCUGUCAAUUAAAUGCAUGCAUUCGGCUUAAUUGAGUUUUGCCAAAAGCUUUGUUUCUGUCAGUCCAAUAUGUAAACACAAUCUGACCUGGUUAAAAUGUCCUUUCAGUUGUUAUUAAUAAAUAAU